AUGAAUAUUGUCACGUUCGGUCAGAAGUCUUCUCCGUUUCUGGCUAUUCGCACACUCCACCAACUUGCGCAGGACGAAGCUGCAACCGACCAAGCAAUAAAAACAAUUAUUCAACGUGAUUUGUACGUAGAUGACGUCACGACAGGAACAAAUACAGAAGAAGAAGCAUGCGUAUUGCAGCAGAAACUGAUCACCUUAUUCGCAAAAGGCCAAUUUGAGCUUCCGAAGUGGGCUAGUAAUUCUGCGAAGUUUCUAGGAAAAAUCCCAGAGGAGCACCAACAAACUAGCUCAAAGUCUUUUAAUGAACACGGUUCGGAUUAUACCAAAGUGCUUGGAUUAAAUUGGGAACCAGCGGCAGACCUAUUAAGUUAUAAGUAUCAACCUAACCCGAUAAAAUUUAGUAAGCGAGCCAUCUUAUCGGAAAUCGCCAGAAUUUAUGACCCUCUCGGCUUAUUGGCACCAGUUACAACGGAUCUUAAGCGACUAAUGAAAUAUCUGUGGAUACCCGAGGUAGGUUGA